AUGAAGCGCCGUCCGGGACCGGCGAAAGAAGCGGCGGCAGCGGCCAAAGCGAAAUACCGUGAUGUCAACGGGUUCCGUAUCCGUCAACAGGUGAUGGAUAAAACCCAUCUUACUGCGGCUAAGCAGAUGGAUAACGCCGAUCUCGAUGCCUCCAAAACCAUCGAUGAAGAGGAGUCCGAAGGCGCCAGCUACGUGUUUGAAGGCGGACUCAGACGAGUGACCCCUUACUAUUUCACCUACCUCACCUACGCUAAACAAAGAUGGCUCGGACGCAACAUUCUCGACGUGUUCACUGACGAAUUCCGCGACCGGGCCCCUGAGUUCUACAAACACAAAAUCGCUGCUGGUGAGGUCACCGUGAACCAGAAACCGGCCAAUUUGGACACGAUACUCAAGAAUGGCGACUUGAUCAGCCACCGAUGUCUUCGCCGCGAGCCUCCAGUACCCACUACGCCUAUUCGUAUCGUGUAUGAGGAUGACCAGAUCAUCGCUAUUGACAAGCCUGGCGGGAUCCCCGUGCACCCUGCGGGACGCUACCGGUAUAAUAGUGUCACCAAGAUCUUGGAACAUGAGCGUGGAGUGCUUGCCCACCCGUGUAACCGGCUUGAUCGUCUUACUCUGGGGCUCAUGUUCAUGGGUAAGCUGGCUAAAGGGGCGGAAUGGAUGGUGAAACAGAUCCGCGAACGUCUGGUACGCAAGGAGUACAUUGCUCGUGUCAAAGGUGAAUUUCCUUUAGGUAAACACCGUGUCGAUCAACCCUUAAAGCUGAUCCAGCCAAAAAUCGGUCUCAACCGUGUCGAUCCUGAGGGCAAAGAAGCCACCACUGAGUUCCAAAGAGUGUACUAUGAUCCAGAACUGGAUACGCUGGUGGUGAAGUGCUACCCUUACACGGGGAGAACACACCAGAUUAGAGUGCAUCUUCAGUACUUGGGCCACCCAAUUGCCAACGACCCGAUCUAUUCGAAUGAGUACGUGUGGGGUCCCGAGCUUGGUAAGGAUAACCAAGGCGAUAAUGACGUCAUCAUUUCUCGUCUCGAAGAGAUGGGGAUCACGCGUCCUUGUCAGCUGUGGCUUCACCCUAAUGCUGAUGGUGAAGUGAUUACUCUGGAAAUUUGUGAAGUACUGGGGAUGCCAUUAUACUCAGAGCCCGGUGUCAACGAUAUGGAGUUGUGGCUCCAUGCUUACCGGUACCUGGCUCUGGACGAUGCCGAAGACCUGUGGACUUACCAGACACAGUACCCGGAAUGGGCGAUUGCACCUGCCCGUAAGUUUAUGGAAUUAGCGUUGGCAGAGGCGAAAAAGUGUGGGCCUACUGAUACUCAGUUUAACGUUGGGUGUGUGAUUACUCACGAGGGUAAAGUGAUUAGUACCGGCCAUCUGAGAGAACUUGAAGGUAACACUCACGCCGAACAGAAUGCUUUGGCCAAAUUGGACCACUUGCCUGAGGGACUGGAGUUAUACACGACGAUGGAGCCGUGUAGUUUGCGGUUAAGUGGCAAUUUGCCAUGUACUGACCGUAUCUUAGCCACCCUGAUUAAGACGGUGUUUGUGGGUGUCAGUGAGCCUGAUACUUUUGUCAAAAACAAUACCAGUGUGUCAAGAUUGAGAGAAGCUGGCAUUGAGUAUGUGGUGAUACCUGGCUACGAAGAGGAUAUCUUGGCCACUGCUACUUAUGGUCACCCGAAAAAGGAGACUACUGAGACUGCCACUGAGGCUGCUGAAGGCGACAAACCAACAAACGAAGAGGCUUGA